UGAUUCAUCAACCAAAAUUUCGGAAAAAUUGUUCGUAAUAACAGAGUUGCCUUAGAAAAAGCGAAGAAAAGGAAAAGUCUAUCAUUUGAGAGAGAAAGGGAAAGGAAAAAAGAAGAGGAAAAUGGUAAUGGCAGCGACAGAGGAGAGUCCGAGAAGCCCAGAGGCGAAGGUGGGGAUGCAAGUAGAAGAUUUAUGGGACAUUCAAGAACCGCAGCUCAGUCCUACUGAAAAGCUUAAUGCUUGCUUUGAAAGCAUCCCUGUUUCCGCCUUUCCUCCUGCCCCUUCUCAUCAAGGAAUUGAGAUAAAAUCGGACUGCAGUUUAGCUGACGCGGUUCAAAUUUUGGCUGAACAUAAGAUCCUCAGUGCGCCUGUGGUGGACGUUGAUGCACCUGAUCAUGCGAGUUGGAUUGAUAGAUACAUUGGUAUUGUUGAGUUUGCUGGAAUUGUUGUUUGGAUUCUUCAUCAGUCGGAACCUCCAUCCCCAAGAAGUCCUAGUGAUGGAAGUGCUUUGGCUGCAGCAACAAAUGGGGUGAUAUCUCCUUUAGAACAGCAGGUACUGGGCCCGGAAUCUGCUGCAGCGACCUCGGGAAACUUUUUCGAAACCUUAACUUCCUCUGAAUUGUACAAGAGCACACAGGUUCGAGAUAUCUCGGGAUCUUUCCGUUGGGCCCCGUUUCUAGCUUUGCAAACGUCGAAUUCCUUCUUGACCAUGCUCUUACUGUUAUCAAAGUACAAAAUGAAGAGCAUACCAGUGGUGGACUUGGGGGAAGGAAAGAUUGAGAACAUCAUCACACAAUCAGCUGUGAUUCACAUGUUAGCCGAAUGUGCAGGGCUUCAAUGGUUUGAAAGAUGGGGAACAAAGACACUUUCCGAGCUCGGUCUUCCAAUGAUGUCACCGGCUUCUAUUGUCAAGGUCUAUGAGGACGAGCCCGUUCUACAAGCAUUCAAACUUAUGAGGAAGAAGAGGGUUGGAGGUAUACCUGUUAUUGAAAGGGGCGGUAAGGCGGUAGGCAACAUUAGUUUAAGAGAUAUUCAUUUCUUGCUCACUGCACCAGAAAUCUACCACGAUUACAGAUCGAUAACGGCAAAAAACUUUCUGACUGCGGUUAGAAACUACUUAGAAAAGCAUGAAGAGUUCUCUCCAAUGCUGAGCAACAUGAUUACUUGCAAGAAAGACGAUACAAUAAAGGAUCUGAUUUUAAUGCUCGACUCCAAGAAGAUCCAUCGUGUGUAUGUCGUCGACAAUGAUGGUAAUCUGGAAGGAGUUAUCACCCUUAGGGACAUCAUCUCGAGGUUAGUUCAUGAGCCCCGUGGUUACUUUGGCGAUUUCUUCGACGGUGUUCUGCCAUUGCCUCAGAAUAGCCGGGUUUGAAAGUGAAAUGGUAGCCUGCAACAUGAUGUUGUGGUCAAUUUACUUAGGAUUAACAUUUUGGCCCUCUUUAUUUAGUUUUGUGUUCGGUGUGUUCGCUGUCCUUGAUCUUUGAUGGCUUGUCGGAUGGAUUGAACGUGCAGAUUGUUAAUAUAGUCAACUUAUAACCUGUAAUUAGUUCUCUUCUGUGUUUGCCACAUUUUGGUAAAUUUUUUGUUUGGCUUUAAUCA